AUGGCGGAGCUGCGGGCCUGGGCAGGAUCCAGUGAGUUCCGCAGGGCCCCAAUCUGCACUGCGUCCUGCAGGGCCCCCACCAGCACUGCCAUGCCUGUCAGGGUGAGCCAGAGGUGCCAGGAGCAGCAGGACAAGAGAGUAAAGCUCAUGAAGCCUGGAGAGAGGGAAGAGAAUCCUUGCAGUGCUGUUUAUCAGCGACCCUACAGGGACAGGGUGAUUCAUUUAGUUGCUCUGAGGACUUACAAGAAGCCAGAGUUGCUUGCUCGCUUGCAGAGAGAUGGAGUCAUGCAAAAGGACAAGGGCAGCCUUGCAAAGAUCCUUCAGCAGGCAGCCAAGUGGAAUGCAAAGGAUAAUUCCUUCAGUCUGAAGGAACAUCUCUUCCAAACCCUUCAGACUGAUUGGACUGACUACCCUGAAAUAGACAGACAGAAUUUGAAGUUAAUCCUCUCUGGUGACCAACCAGAUUACCUUAGAAAAUACAUAGCCAUUGUCUCCUUGGAGGAACGCCAGAGCUACAAGGCUGACUUCAAUGCAGAGUAUGAAGAAUACCGGAAUUUACACUCUGCGGUUGACAAGACCAUCAAGAAGUUCAGACGGUUUCAGGAGCAACGGAAGUCUCUGACUCCAGGCUCUGAAUCCUAUCAGAUGCUGAAUCAUCGAAUCCGAGCAGAUUAUCAGCAGUUACAACAGGGUAGCCCCAGCUACUCUGAAAUGAAGAGCAGGUGCCUGUACCUCCACAAAAAGCUGGCCCAUAUUCAGAGCUGCAUUUCUGAAUUUGACCAGCUGUAA